AUGGAUGAAGGCUCAGUUGGGGAUGUGAGUAGGAUUGAUGAUGCUCCUCACCUUCAAUUCAAAAAUGGUGAGCAUCUUCUUAAACCGGACAACUGUGAAACUCGGGAAAUCAAAGAAGUGCAGGUUCAGAGGGAGGCCGGUUCUCCUGAUAGCUCGUUUGGUGUUAUAGCGGAGUUUUUAGAUGGUAAGAAUGCGAAUGUUGUGGAUCGAACAGAAGAUGCGCCGUGUUCUAGUCGGCAGGAGGAAACGAAUGAUGCUGGAGACGUGGUUGAGGAGUUGACUGUUAAAACUUGUGACGGAUCGAGCAUGGCUAUAGUUGGUAGAUCGAGUAAUAGAGCUAGAUUAGAGAUUAAUCGCAGUCAGCUUCGGGAUCGCUUUCCGCUAGAUGGUGAUUCACCUAGUAGCAGUUUGAUGAGUAAGAGGGGAGGUGAUAGCGGAACGCCAAGUAUCUGGAGGAAUGCAGGAAAAAUGUCUCUGCCUGAGACUUCAGCUGGAGAACCGGCCAUUCCUGUUAACGGUGAAGCUAAUGAACAUGUGACAAAUGUUGAACGGAAUCCUGUACCAGUAGAGGCGUUGCCCUAUGAAGGCAUCAAGACAAAGAUCUUAUCGCAGUCUGGGUUCUCUCAGUUUUUUGUUAGAAAAACAUUGAAAGGAAAAGGAGUCACAUUCAAAGGCCCGCCGCACAAUAGACCUAUAGCUGCCAAUAUGGAUCUUCAAACUGUAACGAGUUCUGGUAGCCUUUUAGUAAAAUCUAAUACUUCAGCAGAGGUUUCUAGCAGCAUCCCUUUGGCGGCUUAUGAUGUUUUGCCGUGCUUGCCUUCCAAAGCCAGUAACCCAUCUUCUACUGCUAACCCUUCAGGUAUACAUAGAGGUUGUGGAGGUGAAGGUUUAAGUCUGAGAGAAUGGUUGAAGUCAGAGCGUGAGAAAGUUAAUAAAGCAGAAUGUUUGUAUAUCUUUAGGCAGAUCGUGGAACAUGUGGAUUGUUCUCAUUCUCAAGGAGUUGUCUUAUGUGACCUACGGCCAUCGUUAUUCGAAAUUCUCAAGGAGAAUGUGGUCAAGUUUGUGGGUUCAGGUUUUCAGCGAGAGUCUUCUGACAGCAACAUGAACAAAGAUAGUAUAAGUCAACUUGGAAACCCUCUGGUUAGAAGGCGGUCAGGAGAUACAGGAUUUCCUUCUAAUCCAUUUUUCCCUGCAAAGAAGCAGAAAUCAAAUGAACUUCCAAGCUCUAGACAGUGGCCAAUGUUUCAACGAGCAGGUGGCGUCAAUAUCCAAACUGAAAAUGAUAAUGACGCAACACAGGAGCUUCAUUUCAGAUCUUUUCAAACUCGAUCUUCUACAGCUGCCCGUCCUUUUACUACAAUGAGUGAGCAGUUGGAAGAGAAAUGGUAUUCGAGCCCUGAGGAGCUCAGGGGAGACACUCGUUCGAUCGCUUCAAACAUUUAUAGUUUGGGUAUUCUUCUAUUUGAGCUGCUUAGUCAAUUUCAAAGUGAAAGAGCUCGUGAAACUGCAAUGUCUGAUAUCCGACAUCGAAUACUUCCUCCCAAAUUUCUGUCGGAGAAUCCAAAGGAAGCUGGGUUUGGUCUAUGGCUGCUUCAUCCAGAUCCUGCAUGCCGACCGUCAACCAGGGACAUCUUGCAAUCUGAAGUGGUUAAUGGAAUCCCAGAUUUGUAUGCUGAAGACUUAUCUUUAUCUAUUGAACAAGAGGAUACAGAGUCUGAACUGUUGCAGCAUUUCCUGAUUUUGUCCCAAGAGCAAAGGCAGAAGCAUGCUGGAAAGUUGAUGGAAGAAAUUGUGUCCUUAGAAGCAGAUAUCGAAGAGAUUGUCAGAAGACGAUAUUCCAUAAGGCCUCUGUCUGUGGAAGAAGCUUCUAGCUCAUCGCCUUCUUCAAGUGUACCUGAAAUGAGACUGAUCAGAAACAUUAAUCAGCUUGAAACCGCUUAUUUUGCAGCAAGGAUUGAUGCCCAUCUCCCUGAAGCACGUUAUAGGUUACGCCCGGAUAGAGAUCUGCUUAAAAGUCGUGAUAAUGUUAUAUCAGAAUCAGAGAAUAGCGAAACUUGGAGCUCAGAUGAUCGUGUUGGAGUAUUCUUUGAUGGGUUAUGCAAAUAUGCUCGAUAUAGCAAGUUUGAAACUAGGGGUGUCCUGAGGACCGGAGAGUUGAACAGCACUUCAAAUGUGAUUUGUUCUCUGGGUUUUGAUCGGGAUGAGGACUAUUUUGCUACAGCUGGUGUGUCAAAGAAAAUUAAGAUAUUCGAGUUCAAUUCCCUAUUCAAUGAAUCUGUUGACAUUCAUUAUCCAGCGGUAGAAAUGCCAAAUAGAUCAAAGCUUAGCGGCGUUUGCUGGAACAACUAUAUCAGGAACUACCUAGCUUCUUCUGAUUAUGAUGGUAUUGUCAAGUUAUGGGAUGUGACAACAGGACAGGCCAUUUCACAUUUCAUAGAGCACGAGAAGAGGGCUUGGUCUGUUGACUUCUCUGAAGCUUGCCCGACAAAAUUAGCCAGUGGAAGCGAUGAUUGUUCUGUAAAGCUAUGGAACAUCAAUGAGAGGAACUGCUUAGGAACAAUCAGGAACAUUGCAAAUGUUUGUUGUGUGCAAUUUUCUCCACAGUCCUCUCAUUUGCUAGCCUUUGGAUCCUCAGAUUUCAGAACCUACUGCUAUGAUCUACGGAAUUUAAGAACUCCUUGGUGCAUUCUGUCAGGGCACAACAAAGCAGUUAGCUACGCGAAAUUCUUGGAUAAUGAAACUCUUGUCACAGCGUCAACUGAUAACACAUUAAAGCUUUGGGAUCUUAAGAAAACCACUCACGGCGGCCUCUCCACAAAUGCUUGCAGCUUAACUUUUGGUGGCCAUACAAAUGAGAAGAACUUUGUUGGUUUGUCUACUACUGAUGGAUAUAUAGCUUGUGGCUCCGAGACAAAUGAGGUUUAUGCCUAUCACCGGUCUCUUCCUAUGCCCAUUACCUCGUACAAGUUUGGUUCCAUUGAUCCUAUAUCUGGUAAGGAGAUUGAAGAAGACAACAACCUGUUUGUUUCGAGCGUUUGCUGGAGAAAAAGAUCGAAUAUGGUUGUUGCAGCUAGCUCAAAUGGGUCUAUCAAAGUUCUACAGUUGGUUUGA